AUGGCCAAAAAGGGCUACUUGCAUCAUGUUUCCCACAUCAUAAAGCAUUUUUUGUCGCUCCACAUCUCCAUAGUCAACCUCAAGAGACUAGCCUUUGUGAUAGCAUUGGUCUCGUGUCUCAGUUCAGGAUCAAUUAUGUUGUUCACCUUGUUUUCCAACUCGAUGCAUGAACUCUUGGGCUUUUCCUACUUGGAAGUCAACUUCAUAGCCUCUCUUUCGUCGAUUGGAAUGUACCUCUGUUUACCUGUGUUGGGCUAUUUGGGCGAUAGCUAUGGUCCUGCAUUAUUGUCACUCUUUCUGAUCUGGUUCUUUUGCCCCAGUUAUUUCAUCAAUGCUGGUCUUGUCCAGGGCUUGCAAUCAGUAGAAAAGGGCCACUUUGAUCGUGGCUAUAUCGUAGGUUUCAGCAUUACCUUUUGUUUGAUCGGAUUGGCUACGUCGUCGUUGUACUUCUCAAGUUUGUUGACCUGUGCUAAAAUCUAUCCAAAUCACAAGGGAAUGGCCAUUUCGCUUCCUAUCACCUGUUAUGGCCUCUCGUCUCUCAUUGGCUCGCAGCUAUUGAAGCUGCCGUUUUUCUUGACUCCUAAUACUGACUAUUUAGACCUUUACAAGGUGUUCAACUUCUUUGGUAUCCUCUACUUGUUCAUGGGUAUCCUUAAUUUUGUCUCCAGCUCCAUUGUCAUUGUAGAACAGGAGAUCAUCUUCAACGGUGAAGUAACAGAACAGACUGCUCUUUUGCCGGACUCCGAUAAUGAUUCUGAUCUCGAACUCGCACCCCAACAUUCCAUUAUCGAGCCUCCUAACCACCACGAACGCUACAUAGCGUUUUUGAAGGAUAAGUCUGCGUGGAUCUUACUCAUGUCUUUGAUUUUGAAUAUCGGUCCUUUGGAGAGUUAUCAAAACAACUUGGGAAAUACCUUGAGAAACAUCACCCACAACAUCAGUUUAUCGGAUCAAGUCAGUGUCAUGGCUGCGUUUUCCACUAUAAUACGUCUUGUGUUGGGAGCUUUAUCAGACUACCUAUCUUCUCCAAACAGGAAGUCUCCUAUCUGUCGGAUUUGGCUCUUAGCGAUCGUAUGCAUUGUAGGAGUUUUAGGACAGUAUAGCCACAAUUUCUUGACACCACAGAACGACCAUUUAUACCCAAUUGUCUCUGCAUUGAACGGAUCUGCUUACGGUGGAUUGUUCACUUUGUAUCCUACAGUUGUCGCAACAAUCUGGGGUCUAGAUAUCAUGGGCUCUACUUGGGGUUCGUUUAUGGUUGCGCCAGCAAUUGGCUCCGUUGUGUUUUCGUUACGAUUCGGAAGAUUGGUGGAUUCAAAAUGUGCUUCAAUUAACAAACUCUUUGGGGCCAACUGCUUAAGUGAAUACUACAAUGGAACAUCGUUGAGUUUAGCCAUCAGUAUCCUCUUGAUCACUUACGCUUGGAAGAGCAUCUGGUCCAAGAGGGGCUUCUUAGUGUUCUAA